UGCAUGUGUGUUGUCAGCUGACAGGCAGCAUCUCGGGGAGCCGUCACAACACCACCUUGCCUGCUGACAGCAAGCUAGCAGCUCCUAGCCGAGGCUCUACUUCGGACCGGGGUGGGUUAUGUUUCCCGGAGCCAGAACCGUAGACGGAGGUUUGUGCACCACCAACCCAUGGCGGCCGAAAUUCAGCCCCAACCGCAGGCUCGGAAGCCAUGUCUGCUGAGCAAAAUCGAGGCUUUCCAAGAUGUGGUUAGCACGGCGGUCAUCAUCCCCAAGGAAGACGGCGUUAUCAGCGUGUCUGAGGACAGGACGAUUCGGGUGUGGCUGAAGAGGGACAGCGGUCAGUACUGGCCCAGUGUCUACCACACUAUGUCAUCAUCAAGCUCCUGUAUGUCCUUUAACCCAGAGACCAGGAGGCUGUCUGUGGGGAUGGAUACUGGAAGCAUCUGUGAGUUCAUCCUGUCAGAAGACUACAAUAAGAUGACCCCAGCACGCACCUACCAGGCGCAUCAGGGCAGAGUGGCAGUGGUGCUGUUUGUGUUGGAGAUGGAGUGGCUUCUGAGCACUGGCCAGGACAAAAACUUCACCUGGCACUGCUCAGAAAGCGGCCAACAGCUUGGGACAUAUCGAACCGCCGCCUGGGUUUCAGGACUACAGUUUGAUGUGGAGACCAGACACGCCUUCGUAGGGGACCAGUCUGGUCAGGUGACCAUCCUGAAGCUUGAGCAGGACAGCUGCAGCCUGGUCACCACGUUCAAGGGACACACUGGCAAUGUGACGGCGCUGUGUUGGGACCCGGUCCAGAGGGUGCUGUUCUCCGGCAGCUCAGACCACUCCAUCAUCAUGUGGGACAUCGGAGGACGCAAAGGCACCGCCAUCGAACUGCAAGGACACAAUGAAAAGAUUCAGGGUUUGUGCUACGCCUCACACACUCGACAGCUCAUCUCCUGCAGCUCGGAUGGAGGCAUUGUCAUCUGGAACAUGGAUGUAACACGACAAGAGACCCCAGAGUGGUUGGACAGUGACUCCUGUCAGAAGUGUGAGCAGCCUUUCUUCUGGAACUUUAAACAGAUGUGGGACAGUAAGAAGAUCGGCCUACGACAGCAUCACUGUAGGAAGUGUGGCCAGGCGGUGUGUGGAAAAUGUUCGUCCAAACGCUCCACCAUCCCCCUCAUGGGCUUCGAGUUCGAGGUGCGUGUGUGUGACAGCUGCCACGAGUCCAUCACCGACGAAGAUCGAGCGCCCACAGCCACCUUCCACGACAGCAAGCACAGCAUUGUUUACAUGCACUAUGAGCCCACCACUGGAAAUCUGCUCACCUCUGGCACUGACAAGGUUAUCAAGGUCUGGAUGGGAACAAACAGUAUCUGUUGUAUUCACAGGUCUCAGAUAAGACAUUCAAGCACACACAACAACAUUUAAUGGAGUCACUCCUCAGCAGAGUGAGUUUUCAGCUCUGCCAAGAAGCUAUGGGACAUGAGUCCUGUGGUGUCCUGAGGUCUGUGGGCGACCAGCAGUCAGCGGGGAAGCUCUGUUCACCAAACUGUGAUGGUGGCAGUCGCACUUGGAAGAGAAGGAGAGAAGCAUAUCCAACAAUAUCGAUGUCAUCUGGAUAAUAUUUAACAGUUAUUCAACAACAAGCAGUGGCUGUUGCACAUUCACAGUGAGGACACUGCAGGCCAGUGGAGCCUGGGAACAGGACAGGCUUUGGUUGACACAAGGUUAUAGACGGUUGUGAGUGUUUGUUUGUUAGAAGGGUGCUGUUGCGUGGGGGAUCUCUCUGUGUAUAUGUGUGUUUGGAAAGGGUUGAGGGCAUUUGACUUUUUUACACGACUUAUGUACUUAAUUUUCAUGCAUUCCUGUCUGAUUUCAUACUGGAAACUCACAAAACAGUAAGUGAAACAUUUCUGCCCUGUGUCAGCAGAUGCCAUCAAACCCAAACUUUACGUUUGUUAGUUGUAAAGCACGUAAUGUAUUGCAUGUAACUGGACCAUAGAUCACUCAAAUUCACUCAGUUACGUUAAGCUGGCUGUAGAGUCUCAACAAGAGGAAGCCGUUUGAUCAUUGUCAGACCAGUUCGACACCUGCAGGAAAAGAAUGUAACGGCAGCAACAGUUUAAACUAUUGAUGCUCCCUUCUGGAGGCAAAGAAAGUAGUAGCUGACACUUGCACUGACACCUGCAGGCAACAAGUAUUUAACAUUCUUUGUAUUGUAACACAUUUUACAUUUGAAACUUGACCACCUGUUUGCCAAAAUAACAUAUCAGGAAAUGUGAUGUCAAUUCAGCUUGUGAAUGACAACAAAUGUUGUUUUGACAAAACAGUUUAAUGUCAAAGUCCACUUAGCCCUCAGCUAUCGUCUGUAUCACGUGGUCGUCAUCAGCAGAUGUAGUUUACUCUUCUCAAAUUCAUUUUCUAAUCAUUGAUGAACCAGCCAUUAUACUAAACCUUUUUGAGCACAUGAUGACUCUUAGACAAGUGAGCCUACACUCCGUUGCCAAAUUGUUAUGUACACCCAUCUAAAACUAACCCAGUCUAAUACAACAUGACUGGAAAAAUAAUCCUACCGUCAUGAAGGUGCAUGCAGUUUGUGGUGCUGUUGAAUGGUAUUGCCUUAUACUGAAGGGGUUUCUAUUUUUUGUCCAACCCAGUUAAAUCAGUGAGUGAGGCUAAAAACAGAAAAACCUAUAAUGUUAUACAGUUUAACAGCACCACAGACUAUCAACACCUCUUUAAACUGAACAUUUGAACCUUUGUGAUGGUAGGAUUUUUUGCAGGACAGUUGUAUUAGUCUACAUAAGUUUUGGCUCAGCGUACCUAAUAAACUGGUAACUGAGUGUAAGUGUUAAUUGUCUGUAGAAAAUCUUUACUCUCCUGUUAGUAGCCUUACCGUUAUAUAUAUAUACCAGUAAACAAAGGUAACUUUAACUAUUCUGCACCAAAUGUAGUUAGCCUACAUUGCUGAUAAUCUCCUGACGUUUGCAUUUAUGAAAAAACUAUUUUCAAGGUCAAUAAUGAAUCAGAAAACUCCUUUGUUUUCCCUUUGGACAAAUGAAAUCUGGUUAGGACCAUAAACCCCAUCUUUCCUUCUGCAAAGUAACUAGGAUGUCAGUUAUGCAGGACAGAGACACAUAGAGACACUUAGAGCAGAGGAGCGUUACAUUUUGGACAUGUUUAAAAUGUUAAAAUCUGUAAAUCUGUAAAAUUGGAUAACUUCAGCAAUAUAAAAAAAUAUGCAGUUGUAAGUCAUUGCCUGCAGGUGGCACUAGUGUCAACACUGUAGCAGCUGUUGCAUGUAUUGCCCAUAGAGGGCACUCAUGAGCAUAUCUACAGUUUAUCUGCAGGUCUUAAAAAUUACUUGUCUUGCUAAUGGGUGGCACAGGUUGGACUGAAACUGCAGGUCGGAGAGGCUGCAGCGGUAUGAUAGCUGAUCCUAGUUUCAGGUACUUCACAUCCCUCAGACUGUGUUCUUGGUAUCAUCAUCACAAGGGAAAGACAUCUUAAUGAAUCUAUCAAAGUGAUAUCAGUAGCAUAAUAGUACUUCAGCAAUGUGACACUAAGGAAACUGUUCAUUCACUCUCUGGGUGUUAACAAAAAUAAUUCUAUUCUCUAUUUAGGCUGCUCUACCUCAUAUCAGCCACUAGAGGAGAGGACUGUUUUUUUUAAAAGACGAAUUAGGGAAGCAUAUUUAAUGUACACCUGUCUGGUUCAGUUGUAUAUCAGAUGGGUGUGGAAGGCAACAAAUGUAAGAAAGGGUCUUGUCAUUUUGAAACUGUACUUUUGUUCCUCACAAUGGGCCAGGUUUGUAUGCAUAGCAGCCUCCAAACUACAUGGUAUCUGAAUAUCCACAUAGGUUUUUCUAGCUAAAGUAUGUAUGUGGAUAAUGACCUAAUGUUGAUGCACCCAGUCCACUGUUACAGGAAAACUGGAUACCAAACAAAUCUCUUAACCUCAUAAAGGUGGUCCAUGAUUACAAACUCAUUCUCUGUAGCAAAAUAAUGUUCAGACCCACAUGUUCAGAGAUUCUAAAGUUACCAAAGACAAACUACGUUGAGCUAAAAAUGUGUAGAAAUGAUUCCAUUUGAUGUAAAGGGGCAUCCAUAAAAACAAGUCUUUCCAUCAUAUGGAAUAUAUAUGUAAUACCAUCAGACUUUUAGUUAAAGAAAAUUUAAGUUAGGCCAUUGCAGAGGACAUUGAUUUUAUAAUAAACCCUUGUCAUGAUACUGUAAAGUACACGCUGUGUAAAUCCACUGACGUGCAGAGUGCACCUGUCAGGUUUUUGUAAUUUAACUUGACCAAUCAGACUGCUUGCUGAUCCUUGUAUGUUCUCUCAUGUCAGCUGUUUUAUGAGGUUAUUUAUUAUUCAAAGUGUGGACUUAAUGUUUCUAACAUGCAAAUGCACAUAUCAAGCUUUUCAGUGGCAACACAAACAUACAUGUAUCAGGACUGAAAGGAAGCUUAUGAACAUGGUUGCUUUGAUUUUGUUCUCAUUGUUACUGGUCUUUUAAGUCACAAUACUGUAUACUUGCAUUUAUGUCAAUGCACUGGAAUCAAGGAGCAUACGUAUGUUACAAAUCGCUGCUGUGGAGAGAAAAUAUUAAUUUUCUUUGCGAUUAUCAUGUUGCCGUUUAAUGGUAAUUAAGUUGAAUUCUUCUGAUGUUCAAACCCCUCUGAAUAUGAUAUGUUUGUUAGAUGUCAUCUAAAAGUUGAGAAGUGAAAAAUUUUUUGUCUGCUCUUUCACAGCUACCCAUAAAGGUACAUUCACUGCAGCUCAUGAAUGUGAGCUUGUGGGUACUAAGACCUUAACGAACCAUGCCAGUGUUUUUCUGAAGUUUCAUCUGCUCGGCUAUAAAUGCAUUUCACUUUUUUGCAGACCAGUUUCAAAUGCAUGGUGUAAAGUUUUCGGUAUUUAGGAUGUCAUUUUCCAAACUUUACAAGAAGCUGUUGGUUUCCACCUUAACGAUUUUUACUCUGUGCUGAAAUUAAUAUAAAGGGGUGGCUGCCUGGAAUAAAAAGAAAACAACCGAAAACUAAAACACAAAAUGCAUACAUGUGAUCAUGUAACGUGCAUGUGAUUUAAAUGGGCUAAAAUGUGCUAAAUCACUGAUUUAGUCCUUUUAAACGUAAAAAAACCCCAACAAAACAGACUACACAGAAGAUACAAAGUUAUUACAUAAACAAUACCUGAACUUCUGUUGCAGUUCUGUUGCAGUUCAUCUGAGGCCAGUGGUAUUUUUUGUUGCAGGAAAGAAAACAGAUAUUGAUGUGUGUUUCAGUGUGUCCAUUAAUGUAACCAUGUUUGUGAAAAUGGCACAUUAAAAGAGAAGGUUUACCUGCUCUACCAAUUU